AUGGGAGAGAGGUCUAAUUUACCAGCAAGAUUCUAUAAGGUUAUUUUGCCUUCAACCACUACCCAACAAAGACUAAGAAUCCCGAACAAAUUUGUCGAAAAAUAUGGUAAUGAACUCUCUAGCAUUGUCAAACUUACAGACCCUAUUGAUAGCACUUGGUGUGUGAGGUUGGUGAAGGUGGAGGAGACGAUUUGGCUUCACGAUGGCUGGGAAAAGUUUGUCGAGGACCAUUCUAUCGGUUAUGGCUACUUUUUACUCUUCAAAUACAAAGGGAAUUCAUGCUUCAAUGUGCAUAUAUUUGAUUUAACGGCCACUGAAGUUGAAUAUCUUGAUAAUAAUAGUAAUUUUGAAGGAACUAAUCGCGUUAUUCAGAACUUUACUCAUAAACGAGAUAUUUCCUCUUCAAGAAAUGAAGGUGGGAUCAAUGCAACACAUGGUAGAAGCCAUGGAGUCAAAAGAGGUAACAGUGAUGCAACUAAGAACUCAAAAUCUCACCGUUUCUAUCGAACACGAAGCAAAUGUAACAUAGAAGAUGGGAGAGUGGAAAUUAAUGAGAAUUUGAAUAAAUCAAGAAAUUUUUCGCCUAUAAAUCCUUCAUUUGCAGUUGUUUUGAAACCGUACCAUCUGUUAAAAAGUACGUUGUACGUGCCAGCCUCAUUUGCUGAGCAUCUUCCAAGCAAGCCGGGGUACAUUGAACUUCAUGAUUCUAAUGGGAAGAAGUGGCUGGUCCGUUUCACUCGAAACUUAAAGCUUAAUGAGAACAAUUUAUGCAGUGGAUGGAAGAAAGUCGUAAAGGAAAAAAGUCUCAAGGUGGGAGAUACAUGUGUUUUUGAACUGAUCGACAUCAAUAAACUCAUGCUAAAGGGCGAUGACCUCAACAACGUAUUUGUUCUUGAGUUGUUCAAUCUUGUUUACGUCAAGUGCAAUAUUUGA